AUAGUUGCAGACAGUGAGGGGUAUAAAAAGAAAAAGAAAACUGCCCCCUGCCACGGAAGCACUAGUCUGGUACCAGACUAUUGAUGCACGCGAACCAGUCUGGUUUAACAAAGGAGAAAUUUGGAGGAACUGGUUCGCAUGCACGUUUUUUGGAUAGAAGUAAAAAAAAACCCAAGAUACUGAGAGUAUUAAAAUCUGAAUGAUGGAAUGUAUGGAAAAUGAAAAGGAUUCAACUUCAAGCAGUACAACAGGUGUCACCAACGUUGAGGCAACUGAAGAAAUCUCUCCUACAAUAACAAAGCAGGUUACAAAAAGUGAUAAAAAAUGCACACAAGGCAAAAAAAGCCAUCCUAAACAGAGAAAAAGGAAGUCAAUUUUAAGGUCUUCCUCCUCAGCAGAAUAUUCGGCAUCAAGUGCUACAGAAGGUGAGGAUGAUAACUCUGACAAAUAUUAUUCUGAAGGAAGACUUACAAAUGUGAAAAUGGGAAAUGUGAAAAUGGGAGUUUUCCCAUCUAGUCAAUGGAAGUAUGCUGAUUUAAAGGCCCUCAACAUUUUCUACAAUGAAACUUCUCUUUCCCUGAAGGAAUUCAUGCAGGAUGUUAAAACUGUCCUUUUAAAGAACCAUCCACAUAUUCCAGAUGUUGAAAAAUAUGCUGAAAUGUUUAGCAGUUUAACUAAAGAUAAUUUGUUAUUUUCUUUUGGCUUGGAUUCCUUAGAAAAUAGCAUAUACAGUAAAUUUACAGCAAGUUGUGUGCAGACAAUAUUAAAAGAAGACUUUGCAAGGGCAAAAGAAACAGACAAAAAUUUGGAUCUUCGUAAUUCGAGGUUGGAAAGAUAUUGGUUAUUUGGUGUUCAGAACUUCUUGACAGAGACAUUGCUAUUAUUUCAUACACUUUUGUUUCCAAUGAAAGAGGAUGAAUCUCUUACACGAAAAGAAGAGUUCAUCAAAGUGAACACGAGAAAAAGGAAGCACAGAGAAAUGAAACAUGAAGAGAGUAGAGAGAAAAGACAACCGUCUGAAAUACAACAUUCUGAAAGUGUUUACCAACAUUAUUGUGAAGCAUUUGGAAGGCUUUUCUUUCUGGAAAAAAAAGCAGCAGUCAAAAGAAAUACUGUUAUUGGUGAUAAAAUAGUGAAUACUAUUCCAGAUAUAACAUACCCAUUUACACCACUCAGAAUUGAUCAAGAUGUUCUGGACACCAUGCAGAAGGACAGCACACUGCUGUUUGUGGUUGAGGUGAAGGGGAAAUCAUUGAAAAAUGCAUCAUCUAAUUGUUUGGAAGAACAACUAGGCUCCUAUGUUCUUGGGCGGGUUGGAUCCGAGCUCUUUGCAGAAGCACCAGACUCAGCAAUGUUCCCAUGUUCCCUGGGAAUGAUAUUAAUGGAAACUACAAUCGUAUUUGUCUUUUUAAAAAUGAAAAUAGAGAGUGCAGAACUUCCACUCCAAGAUAAAGGAAUUAUUCAUUAUACUAGACCUUUUGACAUACUGAAAAAGGAGGAUAGGGAAGAGAUUUUUGAAUUUAUGUACUGGCUUGGUUGCAUUCAAAACCGUUUCGACUAGCGUUUGUUUGAGAUACAGCAUCAUAGAAAUCCGUGAUGAUAGAGAUCUUGGGCCUGUGAGGAUUGAAGAUAUUGUUAAUUGUGAAUGAACCUGUAUCUUGGUGGGAAAGAAGAAUAUUCAUGUCUCUAGUGGAUUGUUCUCCAUCCAUGCUGAGGAAAGUAAAACCAAACAUAGCAAGAUAAUUGACUGCUUUCCAAAAACUAAGUAUAACUAGGAGGCUGAUGCAUAAGUGGAUGCAAAACAGGUGAAAUGGAAGCGAAAACUGUUAUUACCCAGAUAAGAAAUUGCAGAACAUGUGUUGAUGGAUAUAUUUGUUUUCUGUUGUACAUUGGUACAUCCAUAGCAAGAGACCCAUCAGCGUUGAACAUCUUUAAAUCCUAUCAUUUUGAAUCCCCCUCCCCCUUUUUGGAGAACUGUUUAUCUUCUUUAAUGCUCAUCUCAUCAACUAGUAGACUUCCUUUGUAAACUUAUAGUGACAUUUUUAUUUCUUGCUUCAUUCAACAUCCAGUUCAACAUAUGGUUAAAUUCCAAAAUUAAUAUCAAAGAAGAAUAGAUUCAUAUUAUGCUGAUAAGUAACUAAAUAGAUUUAAAAUUGUUUGUUAGCACUGUAGUACCAUUUCAUUGUGAUAAGAAGUCAAGUAGAAGAUUUUGCAUAUGCAUGUAUUUCUUUUUCCAAAUCAAUUGACAUUGCUCAAGAUGUAUGUAUAAUCUUUUAGAAAAAGAAGUAAUGUUUGAAAUGAUUUUGUGCAAUUCCAAAUUCAGUCAGUGUCAUUCAGCAUCAUUUGCAUUAAUCUUUUGGGAAAAUCAAAAUAAGUGAUUGGAGGACUGAGAAAGGGGUUCUUUCACUAACAUGAAAGCAUUUAUGUGUUUGUUUUAGUUAUGUAUGGAUGGUUCAUUAAAAAAGGGGCAUUGAUAUAAUAAAAGUACAAUGACUCAAUUCCAUUGGCUACACCA